AAUACACAAAUGUAGAUAGGUAUGGCCAGAUAAAAUAUUUACGUGUUUAUAGAUGCACACAUACAAUCAUGGCCAAUUGCCUCAUACAGUCUCCAGCCGUAUGCAUGGAUCCACACAGACACACGGUCCUGCAACCCCGGAGGUGUGUGUCUGUGAGUGGGUGUGGGUGCACACGUGUGUGCCCGUGGGGCUGCCCCGGGUCUCUGCGGGUGAGCGCGGAGCCGCCCCGGGGUGGGGCAGUCGCGGCAGCGCCUUUAAAAGCGGGGUGAGCCGGGGCUGCCCUGGACCCUGCCGAGCCACCCCGCCGAGCCACCCCGCCGAGCCCCGGGGCCAGCAGUCUCUCCACAGCCAUGAAGGUGAAGGUGUGCAUCGGCCUCAUCCUCGCCAUCAUGGCGACCGCCUGCCUGUGCCGGCCCGCGGCAGAGGCACCGGGCGCUGCGGGGGACCCCCGCCAGCUCCCCACCAGCCUGGUCCGGCGGGACUGGCCCGACUCCCUGUCCCAGGAGCAGAAGCACCUCAUCUCCCAGUUCCUGCCCAUCUUCACAGAGCUGAGAGACCGCAAGGGCUACGUGCACGGGGACGAGGGGAUGGCGGCCCUGCACGACCACUACUACCCCGACUGGAUGGACUUCGGCCGUCGCAGCGCUGAGGAGUCGGUCGAUGCCGUGUAGCUGCUGGGCUGGCCGCGCUGUGCAGAGCACCAGCACCCUCGGUGCGUGUUUCUUUCUGCAAUAAAGCUUUGGCACUACAGCCGCUGCUGUUCGCAUCUUUGCUGGGAAGAGCUGGGGCGGGGGGGGGG